AUGAGCUCAAAGGAUAACUUGGCCCUGGAUCUGGAGCACGGCGUGCGACGCUGGGAUCGCGCUCGCUGGAUAUCCGUCUUCAGCUCGCAUAACCCGACUAUACGCGAGGUGACGGAAUGCUUGGGCCUGGGCUUAUCGGCGUCUUCGUCCACGACCAACCGCGGCAUUCCGAAAUUCGACAAUCCAGACUACCGCAAGCUCUCGAGUGAGGUGACGAAGCUGUCCAAGGAAUUGCCAAAAGAAAGAGAUUUGUUGCUGGAUUUCGCGGCGGAUCCGAGUUCCCUGAACCAGGAGCUCGAGGACCUGCUAGCGAGUUACGGACCCGCUAUUUGGGGCAGGGAUGCGGAUCGCAGCUGUCUACUCACGCCGGAUGCGACUAAGAAGACGUAUAACAAAGAUCUGUUUUACGAGGAGCCGGAGCAUAAGGAUAUUCUCAAGAUUCAUCUGCAUCGGUGGAUCAUCAUCAAAGCUUGCUAUUACAUUCGCAACAUGAAGUUGAAGAGACCAUCGGGUGCGAAUGAGUAUGACCAGCUUGCCGAUAUUGAUGCUGAAGGCCUGUCACCACAUGGGACGCCACAAUCACUCACCCCACCAGAUCCGGAUACUGUUGCAGGCGCUGACCUUGAUGUUAAACCCAUUAACCUGAAGAAGCGCAAGAGCAAUGCUCACCUCACCAUGUCCGACGAUGAAGAUCCUGAGGCUUCACCCAUCAAAAGGCCGUACAGCACUAUGCCUGUGAGCCGAAAGGGCAGCCCAAGGAAGUCACUCAAGUCACUGUAUCCUGCCGGCCCGGGCAGCAUGGAGAACAUACCUCCUAUGCCUACGCACAUGCAUCGCUUUUCGCCAGCUCCAUCUGAACCUGCACGGAUACAGCUCAGUCCUCUGUCAAACAAUGACUUGAACGGCGCGUCAAGACCUCCCGCCAUCACCCAAAACUCCGCACCCGCAGGCUUCACGGCUGUCAACAAUGGAGGAUUUACUCCUGUUAACAAUACGCCCCCACCUAGUGAGCCACCUAGAGAGCCAGCACGGGAAGCAACACGAGAGCCUUCAAGAGAAGUACAUCGACCUCCGCCGGGUAUUGGACAUCGUCACAGCAACAGUUACACGAGCCCAUAUGAGCCUUCUUCACGCAGUGCUGCCAUGGCUCGAUCUGCUACGGAGACUCCUCGUUCUGCACCACCAGCUACUCCUACACCGGCUUCGAAUCAAGGGUUCCAAGCAGUGAACGCAUCUUCAGCAGCUAACGGGGCAGGUGCGCACAUGAAGAGGGAGUCUCCUGCCGUUCAGCCUCCUCAGCAUACGCAUAUCGCUCCGCAGCCACAGCAGUCGCAAUCGCAACCGCAAUCUCAGGCACAACCGCAGCAGCAACAGACAUCGUCCCACCCUUCACACCCACAUCAGGUAUCACCGCAUACACAUCAUUCUCAGCACACGCAGCUACCGUCACAUCCGCACAUUCAGGCUCAGCAACAGCCUCCACCCCAACCACCAAGUCGAUCUAAUACCCCGAGCCACCCCUUCGGCCGUUCUCUCGCACCACACCCUCGCAGUAGAUCUAGUACACCACAUGCGCAGGCCGCACCUAAUCAGCCUAUCAUGGCACCUAAUAAGCAGGUUACCUCUGCACCCGCGAUACAAAGCGCCCCCGCAUACGGCAUACAACUCGUUCCUACUACACAAGACGCACCGCCCGCGCCCUCGAGCAAACCCCGAGCCCCCUCAAACCACAGCCAACCCGCCGCCGCACCCCAACACACCUCACCACACCAACCCGUGCUGAAAAGCCACCAACAACCGCCUCAACCCCCCGAAACCGCACACGUCGUCCAGCCCCCACAACCCCAAACCUUCCCCCGCGGCUCCGUCUCGACGACCGACCUCCGUCUUCUCCAAUGCGAAGUCACCGCCGGCCUCUUCACCUUCUUCUACCCUCGCUCUACAAUGCCGCCCGACGAAGCCAGCCUCCUCGUCCGCAUGCACACACUCUGGUACCACGGCGAACCCCUCUUCCGCACCGAACUAUCCACACACUACGAUCUCGUUUCCAAGAUCCUGACUGCAUGGCUACACGAGCGUCAAGCCAUUGCUUCACUACGGCACAGCAUGGCUGCCAACCCCGGCGUGUCUCACAUUGGCCUUGUAGACCGGUUGCUGGCUAUGAACGAUCUCAGGGCUAUGCGGUUGAAAUGGAAGAAUAUGAGUAGUAUUGAUGGACUGAGUCCUGAGGAUCUGCUUUGCAUGGCUUUUAGGGUUAUGACGAAUACGGAGGGGAGCGAGUAUAUGUUUAAAGAUGGGUUGGCGAGGCUGGAGCUGGGCGUGUUUGAGUUUUUGAGGAGUGAGGAUGCGAAGAUUGUUAUGCAGCGGAGGGAUACGAGGGCGGGGUGA